UCCCAGCCUAUCUGCCCCCUCCCGUUGGGGUUUUAAAAACCACAGCCCUCUGGCAGGAGAACCUUUGCCCAGCUCAGAGCGCAGAGGACUCAGGAGACCUGAAUAUGGACAAUUAUACCGAUUAUAACGAUUAUAUCACCCUGGACCCCAAUGUGCCCGUGGAUCACUCUCCCCACCACCGGGGGCUGAGCCCCCCCCAAAUAAUAGCCCUGGUGAUCUUCUCGGUCGUCUUCCUGGUGGGAGUGCCCGGCAACAUCCUGGUGGUCUGUGUGACGGGGUCGGAGGCCAAGCGCACCACCAACGCCAUCUGGUUUCUCAACCUGGCGCUGGCUGACCUGCUCUCCUGCCUGGCGGUGCCCAUCUUUUUUGUGACCAUCAUCAAGAAUGACCACUGGCUUUUUGGCGGCGCUGCCUGCCACAUCUUCCCCUCUCUCUUCCUGGUCAACAUGUACAGCAGCAUCUUGCUUCUGACCGCCAUCAGCGUCGAUCGCUUUCUGCUGGUGUUUAAUCCCAUCUGGUGCCAGAACAACAGAACCACCCACUGGGCCUGGGUGGCCUGCUCUGUGGCCUGGAGCCUGGCGCUGGUGCUGAGCAUCCCCUCCUUCCUGUUCCGCAAGGUGCACGUGAGUCACUUCCCGUACAAGGAAAGGUGUGGCGUUGACUACGGUGAGAAAGAUAGCCCGAAAGAGAAGGUCGUGGCUACCUUCCGGCUGGUCGUGGGCUUCCUGGGCCCGCUAGUCACACUGGCCGUCUGUUACACCUUCCUUCUAAUUCGGGCUUGGAGCCGCAGUGCCACACGCUCCCGCAAGACACUCAAGGUGGUGGUGGCGGUGGUGACCAGCUUCUUUGUCUUCUGGCUGCCUUACCAAGUGACGGGGAUGAUCAUGGCCUUCCAACACAGCAGCACCGACAUCUUCAAACGGGUGUCCAGUCUGGAUGCUCUGUGCGUGUCCAUCGCUUACAUCAACUGCUGCAUCAACCCCAUCAUCUACGUGGUGGCCGCCCAGGGGUUCCACGCGCGCUUCCUCAAGUCCCUGCCCGCCAGGAUCCGGAACGUGCUGACUGAGGAGUCCGCAGUCAGGGAGUCCAAGUCCUUCACACUCUCCACGAUGGACACCUCAGCCCAGAAGGUGUAGGCCUCGUGAGGGGACGCCUCCCGGUCCACGGUCUGCCUGCUGCUCCGCCUUCCUUCUGGCCCAUUCUCUCUUGCUUACUUGAGCUCAGGCCUGGGUGUUGCUGGUGUAGUUUGAGCGAACUCUCCUGCAUCCUUCCUCAUUUCCAAGAUCAACAGAUACUCCUUUCCGGGGCCACACAAUCUGUCUCUUCAUCCAGGGACUUUGAAAAACUAACAGACCCUGAUAUACCAAAGGGUACCCCCAAGAGAGCUGCAUGUUUACACUGGUGGAGAGGGUAUAAAGAAAAUACAUCAAAGAUGUAGAAUACAGAGGAAUGGAAGCAUUCUAACUUUUCAAAAAUAGUUGUGUAUUGGGCCCUGGCCGGGUAGUUUUGGUUGGUUGGAGCACCCUCCUGAUGCACCAAGGUUAUGAGUUUGAUCCCCAGUCAGGGCUCAUACAAGAGACAACCAAUGAAUGCAUCAGAAAGUGGAACAACAAAUUGAUGUUUCUCUCUCUCUCUCUCAAAAAAAAGUCAAUAAAUAAAUAAUUGUU